AAAUGUCUGCUCAAACACAACAGAAGGAAUUGCCGCCCUUAAAAAGAGCCGCUUUGCAAGUAGUGGCCGGGGGCUCAGCCGGUUUUGUGGAAGUUUGCAUUAUGCAACCCUUGGAUGUGGUCAAAACUAGAAUGCAAUUGGGUGGCGGAGCGCAUCAAUAUAAAGGCGUUUUCGAUUGUUUUGGCAAGAUGUAUCGUCAAGAGGGUUUAUUCUCUUUCUGGAAAGGUAUUCUGCCACCCGUUAUAGCUGAGACCCCCAAAAGAGCUAUAAAAUUUGUAUGUUUUGAACAAACCAAACCUCUGUUUCUGUUCGGAGCACCAGCACCCACUCCUUUGACAUUCUCUUUAGCUGGUCUAACUGCCGGUCUUUUGGAGGCUAUUGCCGUUAAUCCCUUCGAAGUUGUUAAGGUCGCUCAACAGGCUGAUAAAUCGAAAAUGAAAGAAGCCCAAAGCACAUGGACUGUGACAAAACAAAUCAUACAAAAAGAUGGUUUUGGUUUUCGUGGUCUUAAUAAGGGUGUCACUGCCACCAUGGGACGUAAUGGUGUCUUUAAUAUGGUUUACUUUGGUUUCUAUCACAGUGUUAAGGACAUUAUACCCGCCUAUAAUGAUCAUACCAAAGAAUUCUUGCGUAAGGUGGCCAUUGGUUUUACCUCCGGUACUCUGGCCUGUUUCGUAAACAUUCCCUUCGAUGUGGCGAAGUCACGCAUACAAGGACCUCAACCCCAACCUGGUGUUAUUAAAUACAAAUCCACCUUCGGUUCUAUACGUUUGGUAUACCGCGAAGAAGGUUUCCGUGCUCUCUACAAGGGUCUGGUGCCCAAAGUUAUGCGUUUGGGUCCAGGUGGUGCCAUCAUGUUGUUGGUAUUCGAAUAUGCUUAUGAUUUCUUGCAAAAGAAAUGUGUUUAGAAGACCAUGAAGGGCGUUGUAACUAAUGGAUUGCUUGGUAUAUACACAAUUUUCUAUGUGUAUUAAUAUUAUUAUAAUAUUUUCUGACUGUGUACUUUUUUAAUUAUAAUUAUUAUGUUGUUUAUAAGAUUUGAUUAAAAAUUUUGUUAUAUAUA